AUGGCGGCCUCGCCCGCAGAGACCCGGGUAUAUUUGUUCCAUCUACCCGCGGAGCUCUAUCAGAAGAUCAUUUCUUGUCUCAAAAAAGAUUCCGUGAAGAAUCUUCGCGCAACCUGCGCGACUCUAAACAAGAUCACACCUUUCAUCAUUGACCGCGUUUUUAUCUCUGCAAAUUCACUGAACAUUCAGGUCUUUCGCGCAAUCGCUGACAGUGAGACCUUUCGACACAACGUCACCGAGAUCAUUUGGGAUGAUGCGAGAUUGUCUAUUGAGCCUGAGGACAUGGGAGAAGAAGAUCGCUUUUUCGGUAUUGGUGACCCAGCCAAGGCUGUGACUGACAAUGGCUGCCCUUUCUGGUUCAAGGCGCGCAGACAAGACACUGAUGUGCCCGAGUUCAGUGGGCAGUGCAAUCCCUUGGGCUACAACAACCUAAGUCUGGAAGCUUCAUGGGACUACUACAAGGGUCUCUUGGAAGACCAGCGCCAGGUCCUGCAGUCGGGUGCUGAUAUCGAGGCCUUCAAACAUGGUCUAACACGGUUUCCCAAUCUUAAGCGAGUUCACCGUCACUCCUUCAACGCACGGCAAGAUAGGGCAGCCAAUGUACCAAACGCCCAUGAUCAGGGCAUUCCCAUCUCGCUUCGACUACCCUUUGCCGAAAGAGUGGCCAAAUGGGCCAGGUGGCGUGGCUUCCGUGUCGUCCUACGAACAUUAGUCGAAAACAGCCACGAGCAUAAUGUCACGGAGCUCAUUGUUGGCGGUGCCGAGAUCGUGACUGGUGUGAACUGUCGUCUCUUCGAUCGGCCAUGCCAAGAGUAUGCUGACUUGGUCACUAUGCUCAAACGGCCGGGAUUUCGCCGUCUUGCUCUCGACCUUUUCACGGGUAUAGACGAGCAUCGCAACUGGAGAUCAUUUCGAAGCGGUCUUAUGCGCAACGCUCUAUCAGAAGCAAAGGAUCUUCGCCACAUCACUCUUCAUGCAACGACAUACACUAUUAACGGCGAAACUUUCCAUCCCCCGGGUGUUGAUGGACUGCCUGAUUACUGGCCGUUUCCGCUACAGAGCGUCUUUCCCAUAAAUUGCUGGCCUAGAUUAGAGCAUUUCGGUAUUUCCAAUAUCCAAGUGACGCCAGAAGAUCUGCUCUCAUUUCUCGCAGCCCUGCCAUACUCCUGCCGAUCCGUGGAGCUGAGUAACCUGGCGUGGGCUAAUGAGGAUGGGGGAUGGGCCAAGGAGGAUGGAGGUUACCGCUUCCUACUCAACGAAAUGCGCACCAGACUGGACUGGUGCUCCAGGCCUGUGGGCGAGAGACCUAGGCUGAAAAUCCUCGUGACGCUGGUGUCGGAAAUCAUUGAAAAUGGAUUUUAUGUGGACAUGGGCAACCUAGCAAAUGCCUUUCUGUACGACGAUGGAGAGAAUCCUUUUUUGGGGCCAGGUUUCUUCAGUGGAGGUGGCAUUUGCAAAAGCUUUUUUGAUCCGGAGGUUUCAUACUUCGACGAGGGACGUUGA